AUGAAACAAUAAGAAAAAUUAUAAAUAUUUCUUCAAUAUUUAAACAAUCAUGGUUACUAUUAAACAAUUCAAGAACUCAUCGAAAAAACAAGUUAUAAUCAAUUAUAAUAAUUAGACUCAAAAGUUGAUUCUUCAAUUGUUUCCAAGAUCACUACCUACAUUCAGAAUCAAGAUUUCGAUUAAUUGGAGUAACUAUUCAACACCUAUGUGAAUUAAGAGAAGAAGCAAAAAUGCAUGUUUAUAAUUGUCUAAAAUCAUUAUGUAGAAUUGUUGCAACAACAAAAAAUAAAUGAAGCUGUCGAACUAUUAAGAGGUCGAUUACAAGAUUGCUGUUUAGGUUCUUAUUCUCUUCAUUCGUAUGAUAGAUGAACAACAAAAACAUCAGCUCGCCAAUCUCAUUAUCGAAUCAGAAUUUCAACCUCUUACUUGCGUUGAAAUUAUCAGGCAAAUCCUACUUAUAUGUCACCAAGAAAUUGGAGUCCUACAACCAAACAGACUCAUGGUUCUGAUGCAUUAAGCACAAACAAAUAAGAUUUUGGAAUGCAAAAAUCAUUGCAAAUUGGAAUCCAAUUACCAACUCACUUCAAAACAUUAGUGCACUUAAAAAAUAAUUAAGAAAAUUAUACGAGAGCAGCAUUCAAUGUUUUAUUUAUAUUUCUAUUAUGUAGAUCUAUUGUUCAAUAUUCUAAUGAUCUAUCAUUGCAAGUCUAAGUAAGCGAUAAGGUAAAUUUGAUUAUUUAUUAAUAACAUUUGCUAAACAACUCAGAACUCUAAGUAUACAAACUAUGCACACUAAUUGAUCAUCAUCAAAAAGAGAUCCUAUCAGUUACAAUAUCUCCUUGCAAUCAAUAUAUCGGCACUACAUCCAAAGACAAAACAGCAAUAAUAUUUGAACUACGAAAUAACAAACAAUUAGUAUUAAAUGCUCAUCAGAGUGCAGUCUAAGAUAUGAUUUGGGUUUUAUCACAUAAUGUCGUGAAUGGCAAUAAUAAUGCCAAUAUUCAACAUUCGAAGCAGGACUAAUAAGAAUCACAACUUCAAAGUAAUUAGACUUCCACUACUCUUAAAUUAUUACAGUACAAAAUAUGGACUAUCACAAACGAUGGUUGGUUAUUUGAAUGGGAGUAGGGAGAUAAGAUUUAUAGUCUUAAGACAGAGGAGAAGGUGAAAAAAAUGCAUUAUGAUCAAAAUCAGGAUUCCCUAAUUAUUGUCAGUGAAUACAAAAUAUCAAUUUACUAAUUAUCAAAGAAACAAUUGAUUCGACAACUAAGUCUGAUUGAUCAAAUUUUAGAUGUGAAAAUUGAAAAAACUCAAACCUUCCUAAUUACAAUGACCAAAAAUAUCAACUACUAAUUUACUUAUUAUUCCCUACCCAAUCUUGAAUUUGUGAAGAUGUUUAUAGAACAUAAUCCAAAAUUGAUCAUUAAAUAAUUUGAUGUCGGCUGGCAUAAUAAUAAUUUAAUAGUUUGUAGUACUAAUGAAGGAAUGACCAUAAUAUGGCAUAUCUAAAAAGGAUAAUUGCCUUUCUUUCGAAAAUAAGUACUUUAUUAUCCAAUUAAUACAAUAAGAUUCAUAAGGGCCCAAUAAGUUUAGUUAGUAUAGAGCCUCUGAGUUUCACUAUAAGAUACUUUGUAGAAUAAGAUUCAGUGUUAAGCCAGAUCUAGAGGAACAUAGCAUACUACUCAAGGUUUUUUCCUGAAUAACUCUCUCCUAUGCCUGAGAGAUAAACGAGAAAUAAUGAUGAUUGGUGA